UUAACUGGCGAAUGGUACAACAAAAAUACCAUCGGUGGCGUCAUAGAGAAAGUGGAGAAAUUUAUCGAAGUACUUGCUGGAAGUUAUUUCUCGGUGGCUGGUGCACUUAUUGGCUUCUUAAAACCCGGGAGGAUGAGCAUGUUCGGGACUCUUCUAGUCAUAUGGGGCCUUGUCAAGGGAUUCUCAAAAAGCCUGCAAACACAGAUCAAACAAAUGCAGUAUUUGUCUACCCAACUAUGUUAAUAGCCCUGGUUUGUUCUCUCUUAUCGGUCAAAUAUGAUGUGAAGAAGGCUGCGAGAAGUGAUGCUGCUCGCCCCGUUGCAAAGCCUAUGCUCAGCUUUUCAAAACUGAAGCUCCGAUGAUUUAGGUGUUCGUCGUAUAGAACAUAACUGGAGGAGAUCAAUUAAUUGUAUUACUUAUGGCACAUCGCUUUCUGAGAUUUAUAUUUCUUCACAUUAUUUUGGAAACAUAAAUCACAAUUGUAUGUAUCAGAAAGGAAAUUGUGCUUGAGAUACUGGAAAAGGUUCAUAUGUAGCCUUUUUCUGGAAGAAAGGUGUCAUUGAGUCUGGAAUUUUGUUAAAUUUGGGAGGACGAAUGAAAACAAUGAAACAUUUAAAAAAAAAAAAAAAAAAAAAAAAAAAAAAAAAAAAAAAAAAAAAAAAAAAAAAAAAAAAAAGAAUGAAUGCUACGGUUUUCACUUUCUUUCUA